AUGAAGGGGGCUCGCUGGCGCUACACUCGGCUGCCCAGCCAAGUGGAGGACGCGCUCUCUGGGGAGGAGGAUGACGAAGAGGAAGAGAAGGCGGCAGCCCCAGCCCCAGCCCCAGCCCCAGCUGCGGAGGAGCCCCAGCUGACGGAGGCCAGCCAGGUGCUGCGGCCCUCGGAGAUUAGGCAGCUCAGCCUCCACCUCCCCCCCAGGCUCAGGGGGCGCCCCUGGAGUCUCGCCUUCUGCACGUCUCGGGACGGCUUCAGCCUGCGGCAGCUGUACCGGCAGAUGGAGGGCCACGGCGGCCCGGCGCUGCUGGUGCUCAGGGACCAGGACGGGCAGGUCUUCAAGUGGACCGGAAGCAACUCUUUCUUCGUGAAAGGAGACUUGGACUCACUGAUGCUGGGCAGCGGCAGUGGCCACUUUGGGCUGUGGCUGGAUGGAGACUUGUAUCACGGCGGGAGCCAGCCCUGCGCGACCUUCAACAAUGAGGUGCUGGCCCGGCACGAGCAGUUCUGCAUCAUGGAGCUGGAGGCCUGGGCGUUGAGCUGA